AUGGUGUUUAAAUACUUUUCCACUACUUGUUUUGAUUCUGAUGAGUUUGCAAGCUCUGAAACCGGCUUUGUGGAAGUAAACAGCAUCCAGUCUGCAGUUAUUGAAAGUACAGAGCCAGACAUUGCGCUUUGGAGAGGUAAGGACGGAAGUUUCCUUCUGAGUGUGAGUGCUAGAGACCAUUUAUUUUUCGAGUGUUCUUAUUUGUCUCAGAUCAAACCUUUUGGAAAUAUGGCACAAGGUUUGUUACAGGGUCAGUUUACUACUACCUCAUACAAUGGUAUUGUUUCUCAGCUGCUUGAUUCUAGAUUAACCCCCACGGUGAGGUCUAUACUACGAAAUACAUAA